UACGACGAUAAAAAGUGCACAAGUGGAGUAACAGCUAAACGCAAAGUUUGAAAGGUUCUCCUUUUCGGCAGUUGUUCGCCAAUUGAAAGAACGAUACGAGCUUGUAUCUCAUCAAACAUGAAGUUCACGAUCUUUUUGUUCACGAUUUUGAUGUGCCUGUUGGUUGGGACGCUAGCCAGACCUGAUGCACCAAUAGACGAAAGUAAUCAAUCGUCAACAGAUGAAGAUGUUUCUGGAUACAAAUGUGCGUAUGAGAGGGGUAAGCGAAGUGCCGAAGAAAGUAGCCAGGAAAGUAACAGUGGUAAUGGAUCAUACACUGAAGUGGCCAACUCGUUGAAAAGCAUAUCAAAUAGAGUGUCCGAGUUAUUAGGUCAGAUUGCAACAAUGAGCGGACUACCAGCUGUGAAGGAAUUAUUGUCAUCUCUUCCAGAGAUGUUGCGCGGUAACAUCCCUCUAGACCAGGUACAUGAGAUGUUCUCUACUGAAAGUGUUGAUAGAUUUCUGAAACAACUUAAUCCGUUGAACGAGAUGUUGAUGAACAUCCCCUGGAUUGCCGAUAUGUACGAAUAUGCUUUGCAAAUGAUUACGAUCCCUCUCGCCACGAUUGCAAGCAUCCUCGCUACAUUGACCACUAUGUUUGGAAAAGUAAUGUCAACAAUUUCAUCAAUUUCACCACCGUUAUUAGUUUGAGCGACUAAACAUGUGUUAUUAUAUGAAAUUAUUAUAUGAAAGAAGUUUAAAAAAAUAAACUCAAAUCGCAAUUAUAAA